AUGGGCGCUGGACGACUGGUUGUGAGUUAUGAUGCCGGACAGACAGCUAUUGUCUGGGACCUCAUGACCGGCGACGAAGUAGCUCGAUUUGCCUCGUAUGAGCACUUGACCACAGCUGCUUGGAUGCGCAACGGCAAUGUUGCGUUCGGCAAUACCCAAGGCAACAUCAUCCUCUUCGAGCCCACAACAUCAGAGCACAUCUCUGCGAGAACUAUAGAUCAGAUUGCUGUCACCUCUCUAGCUCCAGCGGCUGAUUGCAGGACAUUUGCGAUAGGCUACCAAAACGGCUCGCUGUUAAUAGCCACUCUCCAGCCACGAUUCACAAUUCUUCACAAUCUUACCACCUCGAGAGCGCCUUCGCCCAUUGUCACCUUGAACUGGCACGCUUCUUCAUCCCGGCAGAAGUCGGACAUGCUGGCUGUCCAGACCCAUGACGGUGAUCUUCGGGUCUGGAGCGUCUCAAAGUCGUACAAUAGUGACGACCCAGCCAAGGUGGUCAGGAUAUUGAGGCGAACUGAAAACCAAAUCACUGGUCCCAACUGGAUGGCGUGGUCAAAGAACGGUCGCAUCAUCCAAUACUCGGACUCGGAGACUUCCUCAUGGGAUGUCAGGACAAAACACGUCACUUAUGAUAGGAUCCCCACCCUGGAUAUUGUACGGGGCCUUGCUGUCUAUGGUCCUGGCGCAAGCCUCUUUACUCUCGGCGCAAACAACACGGUGCAGCAGUUUGACCUUAACGUCCCGUCGAUCAUUGUCGCCAAUGUCCAGCAUCCGGCCAACCUAUUGCCACCGUCGCCACCUGUGUCUAUUGAGGAGCAGGCUGACCAGUCGGCUCGAAGCGCUACCACGAUUGCCACGGAUUCGGAUGCCACGUCGGCAUCUAUCGAGGGGGUCUCAGAGAGUGAUGAUGAUCACCUUUCGCCGUUCGGCCGCAUAGUCCGCCAGAGCGUAGCUGAGCCCGCCCCCUCCAAUGCCGCUGACCGCUACGACACUGCCAGUCCUGUCUCAAGCCGCAGCGGACUCUCGUCUCUCUCAAGAUCGUCUGCGGGCUCUGCAACACCCGGUAGAUACCCGUCUUCAGUACUGUCUCGACCCCUGACCGAGAACACUUACAUUUCGUCUGGUGCCUCAUCUCUGCGCUCUUCGCAGGCUCCCGUCUACAGAGAAAGGGAAAGAGACGUUUACUCGACCAGUAGCUUGAGUGGCACGUCACUCUCUUCGACUAGGUCUCGCAGAAAGCCGUCGCGUCUGCGCCACGAAGUUUUGCGGAGCCCAGAAGACUCCAAGGUUCACGACCUCUUCCAGUAUACUCGCAGCCGCCUGAGCGACAUUCCUUACAAAAACGUGGCUGCCGAGUCCAGUCGUCUGACGAACGAUGACCUGCGUCGCCAGAUGCUUAGCACCAUCUUCGGCUGGCAGAGGGAGAUGGAUGAUCUGGUCCGCGAUGAGCUGAGUCGGCACCCCGCCGGCUCGGCCAGCCGGAUCCUCCUGUCCAAAUGGCUAGGCGACAUUGAUCCUGACAUCUUGGCCGCCAACUCCGAAAAUAUGACCUCGUCUGACUGGAUGCUUUUGGCGCUGAGCGGUAUUGCGGGCAAAGGCACGCAACAGGCUCAACAUAAGCUCGGCCUGGCUUACGUCCAGCGACUGCUCGAGACGGGCGAUAUUCAUGCUGCCGCCACCAUCCUCAUUGGCAUGGGUGAUCACAAUGAUGCCAUCGAGAUCUAUGUCUCGCACAAGCGCUACAUGGAAGCUUUGAUCUUGAUGUGCUUGUUCUAUCCGGCAGUUUGGGAGCGCCAAGCAGCUCUAAUCAAGAAGUGGGGAGAAUGGGCUGUGAUGCACGGGCAAACUCAGCUCGCAGUGCGAUGCUUUGCCUGCACUGGCCAGGAGUCUUCAGAACCAUGGACCUCACCCUCGGCUGCCCAGGUCAACUUUCAAAGCAUCAAUGCCGCGGUGAACCCAAGCAUCCCAGAGAUUCUCUCACCCCCACUCUCGCCACCUGGGAUCACCCGCGGACCGCAGCGUAGCAUUGCGAAAACAUCAGCCCUCAAACUCAUCACAUCGUUCGGCGACCAGGGCGGAGCCAAGUCGAAGUUCUUCUCGCAACAAGACGGCGGACAGACUCCCAUCGCUGCUGGCGUGACCCCUAUUGCCGAGUCAGCCGUCUCCCCUGGAGGCUUUGAUGUUACCACAGCGUUCAUCCGCCCGUCCAACAGGAGUCAGUUUAACACGCCCAACUCGGCUAGGUCAAACACGUCUGCAUUUGGCCGUAAACGACUUCCAUCUAUCGGCGAGAUCCCUUCAGAUCUACCUCGUGAUCUGAAGCGGAGCGAGGCGUCCGCUACUCCCGUCGACCCUAACGAGGCUCGCCGAGCUGCACACACGCGAAUGUCGUCUUCUGACCAGGAAACAUUGGCUGCUGGCCUCUCACUUCAGCGCGCCGCGACCGCUAGCCCAAUGAUGAUGCGUGAUUACCCGAAACCGUCGCGAAGGCUGCGAACUAGAGAUCAGGCACCGCCAUCUCCAGACGCUCUUGUGACCGUCAAGAUGGAAGGUAACGUGAAUCGACGAAACGGUUCUCGUGACCGCAUCCCCAAAGGUAUUCAGCUGCAGCUGCAGCCUAUGGAGCACCCGAUGAUCGGAGAAGUCACGUCCCCUGAACAAUCGGUAACAUCAUCGACUCGUUUCCACUGGCCAUCGCGGCGCCGUGGUCCAGGCUCUGUGGCAAGCUCCAUCACGUCUCAGUCUAGCACCGGCAGGAGCCACCGCAGCAACACUACUGGUGCUACUCGCCAGGAUUACAUUCACAGCCUCGACACUGCUCAGUUGUAUGGCAAGAAGCAGCGUAGCCGCCACAGCAGCCGGGAAGGCCGUCAAGAGUCUCGCGGACGAGGCGAGCGAGAGAGCAGCCGGUCGCGUACUCGUAAGGGUGCGUCGCGGGAACGCUCUGGGGAUCGCGGCCGCUCCGCGAGCCGCAAAUGGCCCAAGGCCAAGCGGUCACCAACAUCACCUAUUCCAAUGUCGCCUGAGGACCUCAUCAACCUGAGCACCCCCAAGAUGCUGGACAGGAUGGGUGAAGAUCCCGUCACCGCAAGAAAGAGCAGCAAAUCCCGUCAGAGCAGUCGCAGCCGGCAACCGAAGAGCAGGACUUCCAGUCGCGGCAGUCAAACCCGUCGCACGAGUCCAGAGGCUCGCCAUCGACCUCCUGCGCUGGACUUGCGAGGUCGCAGCAAGGGCCGUGAAGGAUCUGCAAUCAGAUCGCCGUCCUCACCCGUUCCAAUGUCUGCGGGGGCCAUCCAUUACCAUGGCUCUGAGGAUGAAGAAGAUUACCGGAAGGCCGUUGAGGCGCAGGAAAAGUUCCGCCUGCGCCAUAACCGUAGCGCCAGCCAGAUUGAACCUAGAUCUCCAGACCUAGCUAGGCAAGAGCCAUCCGAGAGUCGCCGCCGCCCUGCGACGGCGUCUCCCGAGCACCCAAAGCAGACUGUCAUGGUCCGGGCCGCGCCCUCCACUGAGCACGCUGGCGACCUCAAGGCAAUGAAGGACGAGAGGCAGCGCAAGAAAGAACAGGCCGCCCGUGAGCUCGAGGAGCGCCGCAAGUCGCUCGCGAAGCGGCCGUUAGCACCUCUGAUCCCCCAUCCCAACGACAUUUCUCCGGCUCUGUCGCAAAUCGUCGAGGCUCCUGCCUCGACUCAGAUGGAAAGCUCUCCCCGUUCCAAGACGGCCGAUCCCACUCGAAGCAUGUAUGCCCGCAGCAGUCAGAGUGUGCACAUUGGCCUCCCAGCAACUCCAAAAGCCAUGCGUCUUAUUAUCGGCUCUGACAAGGCAACGCCGCCUGAAAUGCCUCCCAUUCCGGCGACAUUCGCUCAGCGACACUCGCCUACUGCGUCACCAAAUGAGCCGCACGCCAAGGUAGAGUCUGGACAGCCGGAGGCAGAGCCGCUCACUCUCUUGCCGUCGACGGUCUACCAGCCUCCCACCAGGCCAAUGAUUCCUCGCAGCAUGUCAGCACCCAUCCCAGAUGAGCCUCUGGGUCGACGCAGGUCAGACAUGCCACCGCCGGCUGGCAAGAGCCAUGGGCGAACGCACUCUCGAGGCCACUCGAUGCUGAAGGGAUCCACUGGCGAAAUUCGGGGCAUUGACGAGAUGCUGGGCGAUAGAAGCAUGAGCGAGUAUCGCAGGGCAUCCCACGAUGACAAUAUGCCGCCACCGCCGCCACCACCCCCUAUGCUCAAGGAGCUACAACACCUGGCGAUGCCUCCCCCACCACCCCCAGCACCGUUGCCGCACUUCAUGCAACCCGGCGCUGGCGCACUUGGAACGGGUAUGAUUGAGAUUGUUGUGGACGACGACGAGCAGCAGGCGCCUGUGGCCACGCUUGUGGACACAUCCAUUCCUGUUCUGGCAGCGCCUCCGGUGCCUUCCGGCAAAGGGCACCACUCUCGCGGACGCAGCUUUACGGAGCGUGAAAGAGAGUACCGAGACAAGGACAGCAGCAUUUCGACGCGGUUCACAAAGGCGACAGAGCGGUUCCGGUCGGCGAGCCGUCCGCGAAAAGACUCGAGCAUGGUGCGCAUCCGCUCACCUGGACUCGACGGUGGUCAGACGAUCGCUCCAUACGAGAGCGUGCCGAUGCCUGGAGGGUACGGCCAACAUGACCUGCUACGGUCCCCCAUCAUGUCCGACCAGCAGGGUCUACCGACUGGGCUGCACGAGAGCGAGAUGAUCUAA